AUGCGCAACAUCGUGUACGACACGCUUCUCUUGGGCACGCAGGACUGUGGCAGCUCGCUCGUCGUGCUGCAGGGCCAGUUUGAUGUGCUGCGAGCGAUCUUCAAGCACCAUGCGCUGGCCUGGGUGACCCAUAUCGAUGUCGCGAGCCCCGGCUACCUGCGCCUGGGCGUGACCGCCGAGGACCGGGAGGACGAUGACUUGACCCGGCCGUUGCCCUCGGAACCGCUUGACGUCCGCGGGCACUUUCCGCUGCCCAUGACGGAAACGAUUGAUGGCGUGCUGCAGCUGCGACAGCUUCACGUCAACAUGAUGCCGAUCUACAUGGACACGUACAGCGCCCUCCCGCCGGACCUGGAGCGCUACCAGCAGCUUAUCCUUGCGUGCGUCCGACGGCUCCCGUUUGAUGAGCGUGGGAAUGUCGGGUAUCUGACUGUAUACGAGGGCUACGUCGAUGCAGGGACAAGUCAGCGCCGCGGUGGCCUUUACAUUGAAGCACCCAACGCCAAGCACCAGGACCUUGUCGACGCGUGUGCUGGCGGCGGGACCGUCGAGUGCACGGUCGAAGAAAAGUACUGGGGCGAUGGCUACUGGGGCGAUGGCUCAAUUGUCAAGAAAAAGGUUGCAGGUGGCAUCUUCAUCGCGUCUAGCGUCGCCGACUCGUGCGAGGUCUGGAACUGCACCAUUGAAGACAAGGACGAGGUGGCGGGGCCCUUUGGCGGCAUCGAGUGCCUUCGUGGUGUCCUCCGCGACUGCGACAGCAUUAAGCUGGAUGUGUACGAGCUGCUGUGGCUGACGGACCGCACGCCCCAUGAAUCGCUGCUGCUGCCGACGGGCACCUAUCGCCAGUUCUUCCGCCUCGUCACGAGCAACGUUUCGCUGUGGUUUGCCGACCACUCGACUGCAAACUCUCUCGGGUGCGUCCCCACGGCGCGCAUCGUACACGGCAACAAGUUUGCCACGACCCCCAUCGCUCAAGGCCAUCUAAUGCUAACAGCGAUGGCUUUGUCAAGCUACGGCAUGUAG